AUGGCACCAACAAGCUCAAAAUUCUGUGUCUUACUUUCCCUGACCCUUUUCCAACUUCAUCUAGUCUCUGGUGGCAGGCUCGCCAAUGGCUCGAGCCCACUGAACCAAGGAUUGGAAGAGAAGACAACAACCAUACACUUCUUCUUCCACGACAUCAUUGUCGGCGAGGAGCCGACCGCCGAGAAGGUCGCCGAGGUGGAGAUGAGCAAGACCUCAAUGACAGGGUUCGGCAUGGUUGCUCUGUUUGACGACCCAUUGACGGAAGGCCCAGACGCGACGUCGAAGCUGAUUGGAAGGGCACAAGGUCUCUAUGCUUCAGCAUCCCAGAACGAUUUAAGCUUGCUAAUGGUGCUUAAUUAUGUGUUUCUGGAAGGUGAAUACAAUGGCAGCAGCUUAAGUAUACUUGGGAGGAACUCGAUCUUUAGUUCGACCAGGGAGAUGCCAGUGAUCGGCGGGACCGGAAUGUUCAGGCUGGCGCGAGGCUAUGCACUUGCUAAGACUUAUAGCUUGGACCUAUUGACUGGGAAUGCUGUUGUUGAGUACAAUGUGACUGUGAUUCACUACUGAGUUUGUGGGAAUGUUCAUAUUUUGUGUCCUUUGUAAAUGCAAUAGCUGAAAUUU